GACAGAAUGGAGCCGGACGAACUAAUCACGGUUCGUGUGCAAUACCUCGUGGAUAGUGACCCGUUCAACAGUCUGUCGAUGUAUCCGAUUCCGUCGCGGGCUCCAGUGUUUUCGUUCGCCAGUGCCGUGCCCUUGGCUACCCAGCUCGGUGCACUGCUCCGGCAUCUUGGCGCACCACAAAGGUUGGAUGAUGCGGCUCUGCAAGUGUACAAAGAUGGAGACUAUGGAGCGUACCUCGAUCUGGAAUCGUCCCUCGCCGAACAAUCGGAAGAUAUUGAAGGUCUUAACUCGAACCGCAAAAACUCACUGGUCGUCCGUACGCAGCUCAGUGUGCGAGUUCACUCCAUUAUCGAAAAGCUACUUUCCUCCGAAGGUCGCGAACUGCGACGGGUGCUCUUUUCGCUGAAGCAAAUCUUCCAGGAGGACAAGGAUCUGGUGCACGGGUUCGUCGCCCACGGGGGCCUCAACUGUCUGGUGCAGAUUGGCAGCGAGGCGGACCAGAACUACCAGAACUACAUACUGCGUGCGCUCGGUCAGGUGAUGCUGUACGUGGACGGUAUGAACGGUGUGAUGAAACAUUCGCCAACCAUCCAGUGGCUGUACUCGCUGAUCGCUUCCCGGUACCGGUUGGUGGUGAAGACCGCCCUCAAGCUGCUGCUCGUCUUUGUCGAGUACUGCGAGGGCAACUGUUACCUGCUCGUUAGCGCCAUCCGGUUCAUGGAUACGGCCCGGGCCGUUGUCCCGUGGAACAACAUCAUGCGGCUACUCAAAGACUACGAGAACGCCGACACCGAACUGUUGAUCUACGCUACGUCACUGAUCAACAAAACCCUCUCGGGGCUGAGCGAUCAGGACAGCUUCUACGACGAGAGUGACUUCCUCGAGCAGCAAGGCAUGGAGGGCAUCAUCCAGCGGUACAUGUCCCGUCCCGGCACGGAUCUCGAUCUGCUAGACCAGCUGCAGCUGUACGAGAGUGUACUGCGCUUCGAGGACGGUGAGUGCGACGGUAUACGCAUACCGGACAAUACCGUCCGCAAGACGCUUCGGUAUCGUUCCACCGGCAACGAUACGACCGAUCGACGGAAAUCGCGUCGACACAGCACGGGUACUGCCCCACCCCAACCUCCUUCCAUGGCUCCACCACCACCUCCACCGCCUCCCCCUUUGCCAGCCUUCCCCAUGUAUUCGGCACCACCCAGCGGUCCUCCACCUCCACCACCGCCACCAUUGCCCCCGCCGAUAGCACCAGUCCAGCUGUACGGUGGAUUGCAGCUGCCCGGCCAACGCCAGCAGGACGAAGACAGUUCCAGUUCGGCGCACAGUGGAGACCACCUCCCAGGUACCGGCUACCACGAUCCAUCGCGUGACACUACCGGUGUGACGCCCGGAUUGCGGCGGCGUCGGGAACGGGCCGAGCGACAGAAGAACUUAAUACGCGAACAGCAAGAGCUCGGCCAGUUCCAGAACGGGUGCAUUCCUACUGCGGAGGACGGAAACGGUCUCAAUAAUGAAUCGGACAACGAAGAUAAGAAACUGAUCCUCCAACUAAAGAAGGACCAUACGGUCAAAGAUCUGACCCAGAAGCUCAGCUGUUUGCCACUGAGUCCACAGGAAGAGAAACCCCAGAACCGCAUCGGUGACAUGUCCGGGCUGAUUUCCAAGGCGAAGGAAGGUUUGGCGAAGAGCAAAAGCAACAAGGACAUCUCGCGAUCACCCAGCGUGGACAACGACAUCAAAAAGUUGGCCAACGGCGAUUCGAAGAAGUCCGAAAACGAGCUGCACUGGGAGGAGAUCGUGAAGAAUAUGACGCGCAAGCUGAGCCUGUGCGAUCUGGACUUUACCGAUCUCACGUCGGACGACGAUAAGGAUCUGCUGGCGCCGCGUGGCUUUGGUGGAGCGGUACCACCACCUCCACCGCCCGGCGGUAUGCUCAUGAACGGGAUGCCACCGCCACCGAGCAUGAUGCGUCCGCCACCAACCAACCUAGUGCCACUGCCCGGUUCCAUGCUGAACGGUAUGCCCCAGCUCAACAGCUUGGACGGGUCGGCGACCAUUAAGAAAAACAAAAAGACUGUGAAACUGUUCUGGAAGGAGGUGCGCGACGACAUGAUUCCAGCGGUCAUUCAACGCACCAUCUGGGACGAGCUGCCGGAAGCGAUUGUCGACACGCAGAAGCUGGAGCAUCUGUUCGAGUCCCGAGCCAAAGAUUUGAUGACAAAGAAGCAACAGGAGCUGAACAAAAACAAGGAAAUCAUCGUCCUGGACCAUAAGCGCUCGAACGCGAUCAACAUCGCCAUGACGAAGCUGCCUCCCCCGAGAGCCAUUAAAGCGGCCAUUCUGAAGAUGGACUCGACCGUCGUAACGCGCGAAGGCAUCGACAAGCUGCUGAACAUGCUGCCGUCGGACGAGGAACGGUGCAAGAUACAGGAGGCGCAGAUGCUCAACCCGGAGCUACCGCUCGGUACGGCCGAACAGUUUCUGCUGACACUGUCCUCGAUUUCGGAGCUGGGCGCCCGGCUGAAGCUGUGGGCGUUCAAGCUCGACUUUGAGAAUAUUGAGAAGGAGAUUGCGGAACCGUUGAACGAUCUGAAGCAGGGCAUCGAGCUGCUAAAGUCCAACCUUACCUUCAAGUGCAUCCUUUCGACGCUGCUCAACAUCGGCAUCUUCCUGAACGGGGCACCGGUGAAAGGGUUCCAGAUCGAUUAUCUGGCGAAGGUGCCGGAGGUGAAGGACACGGUGCACAAACACUCGCUGCUGCACCAUCUCUGCCACAUGGUGAUGGAAUCGCAGGCCAACACCACGGAUCUGUACUCCGAGAUUGGGCCGAUAACGCGCGCCUCCAAGGCGGACUUUAACGAGCUGGCCCACAACAUCGUGUAUCUGGAGACGGAGUGUAAGGCGUCGUGGGACCGGCUGAAGCUGAUCGGCAAACACGAUACGGCACCGCAUCUCAAGCAGAAGCUGAUCGAUUUUUUGGCCGACUGUGCCGAACGGAUUAUUAUUCUGGACAUUGUCCAUCGGCGGGUAUUGAACAGGUAUCGGAAGUUCCUGCUGUGGCUUGGUGUGCCACAGCUACGCAUCGCCGAAUCGCGCCCGAACGAGUUCUGCCGGAUCGUGUCCGAGUUUGCGCUUGAGUACCGGACGACGCGCGAACGUGUCCAGCAGCAGAUCGAGAAGAAGGCCAACCAUCGAGAGAGAAACAAGACUAGAGGCAAGCUGAUUGUGGACGUUGCCAAAUUCAAAACGCAAGAAGAUCGGGCCGAUGAUGAGCUGCGUACUCUGCUUGGAACGCCAACCAAGGGUCCCGGUGGGGAUGAGGUCGAAAUGAGCGGUACCUUAACAUGGCGCCGGCGUCGUGGUGAUGCGACGGCUUCACCGGUAACGCUCAUGAACUCGCACCCGACCGUACCGAGUCCCGGGCACAAUGCCGGCACGGUAAUCGGGGGCCGGGACGAAAGCUUCACCGAUGGCGACGACGAGAUAUUGGAGUCGCUGGUAAAAACUGCCACCAAAACGGCCACCCCACGGCCGAUGCAAAGGGAGCGGAAACGCACACGCCAGGCAGAUCGGAAAUCAUUACGACGCACGCUGAAGAACGGAUUAUCGGAGGAGGAAAAGCAACAUGUGGCCUCGUUAAUAAAAGGAUAUUGA